GUCUGCAUGAUGCAGAUUUUGGGAUUAUCCCGAAGAAAAGGGACUCAAAUGUCACCUUUCUGGAGGGGAUAAGGUCGAAGUUGGAAAGGAAUGGAAAAAGACAGAGAUCCAAUGGCCUAAAAACCACUGGAGAGCAAGAUGGACAGACCCCCAGAUAACUGGCAGGAGUACCUGCAGGCAGGCUUGCACCCUUUUUCCCUGGCCCUCUCUCAACAGUCAGAGGCGAGUGGGAGCGAGGCUGCUACUAGAGAACGCAGAGAGAGCAAUAUUCACCAAACAAGUGAAAGGCUUACCGAGAGUAGAGAUAGACAGAGUGUCCCCACUGACUUGACCAGCCGAGCGCAUCAUCCAGGGAGCGAUGCCCCGUGGAGGCCUGAUGAUUUUCCAUCGGCGGCAAGUUGGGGCAACCCCCCAGAUCCGCCUCCGGUUAGUAGAGCAGAAGUGACUGCUAGUGCAAGCACUCAGAAUCCUAGUUACAGAAUGGAGAGUACGCAAGAACCUCCACAGAAAAAGGUUAAAAACAGCGAACAAUAUGGCAGCAUUUACCCAGGAUCCCUCAUUCAAAAUGGCAGCAACCCUCCCAGUCAAGGCAGCGAUGGGCGAGGCCUCCCGAGCUUCUCGCCAGCAUCAUCCAGGAAACAACCAGCACUACCAUCAUUCAGCUCGAUGUUCUGGCCAGGCACCGCCCCAAAAACCACCGGCCUACCAUCAUUUCAAGAUUUCACCAAAACAACACCAGAACAGUUCCAGAAUGCUCCAAUGUUACCCAACUUUGCAUGGAAUAUGUUCAGCCCGGUCCAGGAUAGUAGUAGAUUUGAUACGUCAUCACCCAGAUUCUCACCGUGGGGAUUUAACGGUUAUCCAUUAUCACUGACGCCUAACUCAGGGAAAUCGUCACCUGCGCACGCCCCUGAGCACCCAACUUAUCUGGACAGUAGUAGCUCUGCAUCAUCUGUCUCCGAUCUUAGGACGAAUGUGCCGUGUGAUGCCCAGCCCGAUUACUCUUUGAAGAAAACACACAAAAGGUCCAAGUCACACUCACAAAUUCCGAAAUCGUCUCCAAAGUCAAAAACUGUGAAAGACUUUUUGCUUGAUCGGGUUGACGAAUCGAGCAAGACGAGCAGUGCGUCUCCACCCCAGCAGGGAGGAAGUGAGAUGGAACACGUUUAUCAAAAUAUUGCACCUUCGUUACACCCUGAUGCAAGACUUUACCAAAUGCCCUUGGAACCGGGGGAAAUAGUGCGUGAUCGAAGUCGUCUGCAUGACACUCAGAUGCAGCAUACAGCAGGCCUUCUUGGUGUUAGUAGUUCCGCAUCUCAGGCAAUGGUGCCGACCGAUCUGUCGAAAUACUCAGCAGAAAAACAUAACCAAGGCAAUAAAAUGAGCGAGAAGGAUGCUGAAUUGAAGGAAAAGAGUGCAGAUGCUUUAGCCAGAGAACAGCAGAGAACAUCGUAUUCGUCAGGUUAUUCAAGUAUGGUCUCCCCUCCUGCUAAGAGUUACGUAGCGAAGUCUGUUCUGCCAUGCUCCCAGCUGCCACCACACACCUCAUCGUCAGGGGAUGUUCAGGUUUUACCACCAUACAGUGAAUCAUCAGUGACAUCCAGUCGUCCUGCUUCAACGACUUCAUUUACAAGUCUCGACAGUAAUGUGUCUGUACAGAAUCCAGCCACUGGUAAGAAGCUUCAAACAGAAGAGGAAUUCAGGGAGUUAGAUCGCGACACAGAGCGCGAUAUUCUACGUCGAAUAUUCGCAUGUCAGAGUCUGGAACUUUGUGAUCCUAAAGCAAUAGCUUCGCGGCCAAAAACGUUCACGUCCCCUGAGACCUCCCAUCUGCAUACGAAGCAAGAGAUGGUUUCACCAAAUCCAAAACCUAAGAAAAAGAAAAAGUUGAAGAAGCCUAAGGAAGGCCCGCCACCACCUGCCCCAUUCAUGCCCGGGCAGUACCCUUUACCAGCCGGUAUCAGUGGUGAGGGAAUGACAUCCUCUGGUGACGAACCUGUCCAUUCAAGUCUGGCGUGGCAGCCAGCAGCAGUUGUGAGCCCAUCAAGUGCUGGACUCACUGACCUAUCUCCUGGGUCAAAACUCCCUGGACAGAUCAGUGAAACAAACACUGAUAGAACUCCGGCUUGGCCUCUAAAUCUUGAUUCGAACCCUAGCACAACAUCUUCAAAUGGCAGCUCUGAGAAUAUCAGUCAUAGUACAGGUUCAACUGUACAAGGACUGAUUUCUCAUUCCAAUUCUAGUGCUAGUACGACAUCAUCUCAUAGUGUUCACAAGGAUCCACCAAAUGUUAUAAGUUACGAGCACUUAAAAAACUGCAUGACGCCUGAGCAACUGAUGUUAUCUGCGUAUUCAAAAGAUUUCCACGCACGGAUUCAAAAGCAUUUGCUGCAAACCAGGGAUGCGCGAAUACCAUCAGAUGUUCAGGCGCAUAAAACAAAAAACUCUACGCCAUCUCCGAAGGAGGGGAAACCUACGUUCGGCGUUCAGGGAAGUUACGAUCAGCUGAGUCAAACAUCUCAGGAGAGUUCUAAUUUACAAAAUCCGUCAAAACAUUCUAUGCCUGGUCCUGAUUUUAAUCGGCAGUUCAUGGAGUUUGUUGGCAAAGCUUCGCCAUCGAAUUCAAAAGGGAAAAGUGCCACAGGUGGAAUACACUAUGCCAGGAACUCACCGCAUAUUCCCAAAAUAUCUUCAGAUAGUGUCGCACUGCAUAGUCAGUCAUCAGAUUGUGGUGUACCGCAUAGUCAGUCAUCAGAUGGUGUUGUACCGCGUAGUCACACAUCGGAUGGUGUUGUACCGCGUAGUCAGUCAUCAGAUGGUGUUGUACCGCGUAGUCACACAUCGGAUAGUGCCGCACCACAUAGUCAGUCAUUGGAUAGUUUUACGACGAGUGGAAUGAAUACCAGUAGUGGUCAGGAUUCACUGGACAAGUUGCUGGCCUUGUCUAAUACUAUUCCUAUGGCACCCGCUGAAAGUGCCAUAGCCAAGUUGGAUCGGGUUAUUUCAUCGGUGGAUGUUGGUGAUGGACAGCAAUCUAGUCAUUUAAGUAGACUUGCCGACUUCAACGGUUCGUGCAAUUCUUCAGAAUCUGCUGGUCAUUCUGGACAACGGACAGAGAGCCAAGGACUGCAUUCUGGACAACGGACAGAGAGCCAAGGACUGGCCAAUGUGCUGUGUCAGCCUUUAGUGAGUAAUGUCUCCAGUCCGAAGGUGGAACAACAGGAGAAUGGAAUAGUGCAGCCUGUGUAUCGGCCAAAAGUUGAAUGUCCACCCAAUCGGGUGUUAAUUCCUCCGCUGCCGGAGGUGAAGGUGGAAAAACAAGAUAGUGGGACUGUUGCCCCUUUGCCUCAGAUGAAAAUUGAAUGUCCGCCCAAUCAGGUGUUGAUUCCACCACCGCCAGAAAUGAACCGAACUCCUGAUUUCAAAGACAGCGCUCCGCUCAAUGAAAAUAAACUCAAAGAUCCUUAUGCUUUUGAUGAGUCGCCUCCGCCUGUGUCAUACCCGACUCAGCAGACCCAUUAUGGCUACCCUACUGUCUUAGAGUCUCAACAAAUGUCUGGCUCAUAUCCCAGGUCAAAUACUCAACCGAUGCCCGUUAUGGAUGGGGGUGCUGAUGCCUACAGGAUGUCAGGAGCAUAUCCUCCCAGUUCCAACACCCCUUUACCUCCACAGCCUCGAAUGUCCGAGUCGGGAUAUGUCAAUGCCUCCGGAUCGUAUCGUAUGGAAAUAAACACUGGUGGCAACAAUGAACGCAUGAAUGUGAAACAGGAGGACCUACCACCACAAGCUCAGGUUGCCUUCGAUAAGAACCUUGACCUGUUACGACGGUUAAAAACAAACACGCAGGAGACACCACACUGCAACUGUCGCAAAGAAGAUGAUCUCAACAACAAGGAGAAAUCUAAGUAUCGUAAUUUCAAUGAAAAGGACGAGGGUCCAUUCUAUACCCAUCUUGGUUCAGGCCGGUCUAUCCCUGAGAUCAGAGAAGAAAUGGAGAGAAGGACUGGUUUCAAGGGAAAUGCAAUCAGGAUCGAGAAAGUGCUCUACUCUGGGAAAGAAGGGAGGACAACUCAAGGCUGUCCUGUAGCCAAGUGGAUUAUCCGACGAUCCGGUCCAGAAGAGAAAGUGUUAGUGGUUGUGCGCCAACGAGCAGGACAUUUCUGUGACGCGACCGUCAUCAUUAUUGUUAUCGUUGCUUGGGAAGGUGUGGUGAGGAAUGUGGCAGACGACCUCUAUAACCAUCUCAUACGGGUGCUACCCAAUUAUGGUCAGGAGACUGAGAGGCGAUGUGGUGCUAACGAACAGAAAACGUGUGCAUGCCAAGGGUUUGACCCAUCCCUCGCUGGUGCUAGUUUCUCGUUCGGCUGCUCCUGGAGUAUGUUCUUCAACGGAUGUAAAUUCUCACGGAGUCGAUGCGCCAAGAAGUUCAAGCUGAAAGAUGAAAGUGAAGAAGAGGAAAUUGAACGUCGGUUCCAGAACUUGGCCACGGAUAUGGCUCCUGUUUAUAGGACGUUCGCCCCACAAUCUUACAGUAAUCAGUGCUUUUAUGAGGACGAGUCGAAUGAAUGUCGAUUAGGAUUGAAGCCUGGGCGGCCAUUCUCUGGUGUGACGUCGUGUGUUGACUUCUGUGCCCACGCACACAAGGAUCUCCACAACAUGCAGAACGGAUGCACAGUGGUUGUCACUUUGACCAAACAUCGUGGCUUUGAGAAGCCAAAAGAUGAGCAGCUCCAUGUGCUUCCAUUGUAUGUCCUUGACCCGACGGAUGAAUCCGGCAGUUACGAAGGCCAGAACGAAAAGAUAAGAAAUGGAUCACUGGAAGUCCUCACGAAUUAUUACACGAUUACCAGAGUACGAGGAACACCCAAGAAACCGAAAAAGAAAAACAAGACUGGUUCUGCGAAGAAGGAUGAUUCGUCACCAAAAACGCCCAGAGGUCGCAAGCCCAAGAGUACGACUGAUGUAAAUAAGAGUGUGAGCGAUCAGAAUAAUAUGUACUUUGAUAGUAAAACAGUGAAGGAGAAGAAACAAAAGAAGGAGAAGCUUGAAUGGGAUGAGGAACGAGCUGUUACACCCAUGAGUGAGCCAGCAUUACCAUUCUGGCCGGGUCAAGGGAUGCCGGGGAUGCCUCUUAUGCCUGUGCAGUCUCCCAAUGGUAUGAUGUACCCGUAUCCUCUCCCUUCAGGGUACAUGCCACACCCAGCAUUCCCCUUCCCCCCUCCGUUCAUGGCGAUGCAUCCAUGGAUGGGAAUGGGUGCGUAUCCAGAGCAGGGAUACCCACCGGGAAGGAUGGACCAGUUCCAGCAGAAACAGAAGAAGAAACCAGGUCCAAAAGGUCCGAGGAAGAAGAAGACUUCUGCCCCUGAUGUUAAGCCUGGUCACACUCAAAGUGGAAUGGAUUCAAAACUGACGGUUACAUCGGAUGUGAAACCCAAGCCAGAACCAGUUGAACGAUCUGGCUCCUUGAGUAGUUUACAAGAAGUCCUCGAUAACGUCCACGAGUCUGUUCGGGAGUCGCUUUCACAAGGUCCCAAUUCUCCGAUCAUUGGUGCUACUGUGAGAACAGACCCCAGUCUAGGAAGCAUUCUCAAUCUUAAUACACCGGACUUUGCAUCACGAACUGGUGGAGAGAAGGAACAAUUCACAGAUAAUCUGCAAUCAAUCCUUGAUGACGUCCAUAAGUAUGUCAAGGAAUCGUUGUCACCUUCCCCCGGAUCUCCACGCGGUAUUCCUCCAUCGUCUCAUAUCACCAAUUCAGGUCAAAAUACCCCAUCCAAGCCUCAGGCUCUUGAUUCAUCCAGCACGGAGCAAGCAAGUCAUGUGUUUCAAAACGGUGUGUCCCAGAAUCCAGGAUCUAUAACUGGACAGGCCAUUCAUUCAUCUCCGGGAUUACAGAUGAAAUCACCUCCAGAGUCAUCAGAUUCACAGCAUGUUUUCGUGCCCGAGGGGCUGAAACCUACAAUGCCUCCGCCUAACUGUUCAGAGUCUCCUUAUGCUGUGGAGGCAUGUUCCUCACUCCGGCUAUCUGAGAGUAUCAAUACACCGCCUCCAUCACAGGGACCAAUACGAACUGGUGAACACUUGCUGCCAAAGAUCUCAAAGGAGAGUUUUCAACUUAACAGGUCAACAGAAUUUACUGCCAAUUUAGCAACACAUCAACUGCCACAAUUUCCAAAGGACAGUUUCAGUCGUGAAAAUACCUCCGAUUUACAAACAAACAUUCGGAUGAAUACUUCUGGUCCUGAACAGUCUGUGCAAAACACCGCAAGCUCUCUUGAAAACUUACAAUCAAAUUCUGUGGAGGAUUGUUUCAGGCAUGAAUGUUCCACACAAAACACUGAAAGAAUAGCCGAAACUGCUUUCAAGACGGCACCAACUGUUAGACCUCUAUCGUUACCUACCGAGUGCCGAUCUGAGUUACAAAGAUCUACAGAAGAUUCAGGAUCACAAAAAGAGCUUCUUACCGCAAAACAGGAUAAUUCGCGGAGUUCACCACUGAAUGACAAGCUGUCUGACCCACUUCGACCCGGUCCCUCAUUGCCAGGUGAACCUCGUCAAGAAGGCAAUACAUCAACUGGCGGUUCUCUGCAACAGGGGUAUACCAACCAAGGAAUAGAUGUUGCAAAUGGACAGCGUAGAAGUGCAGUGAUGGGAAACUUUGAGUCUUGUGUUCAGUCGGUGCACUCACCAGUCUCAAACUCAAAUGGACAGUUUCUACCUCAUCAUCAGUCUAUGCAUAACAAACCCCAGGCCACGUCUCGGGAGAAUCUGUCGCAAAAUCCAUCAUUACAUAACACCGCAAUAAUGUCUGGUCAACCGUCCGCAAUGAUUCCAUCGACCACUCAGUCCAGUUCAGCGGAUAUGUUUCAAAAUUUGGACCAUCUCCAAGAAAUUCUGGAUGGAGUACACAAAUCGGUUAAGAAAUCAUUGAUAGAGAGACCUAUGUCUGCUUCUCCCAAGAAUGUUAGUCCUGUGCCAUCGCCACUUGUGAAAGAAUAUCCUCACCCUCCGAUUGACAUGGAUCUAACUUCAGGUCGGACUUACCCAAGUUCAGGUAUGGCUGGUCGGCCAGAUGUGCACAUGCCAAUGAGCAUGUCUGAGCCUCUCAACAGGCCUGGUCAACAUGGCAAUUCAGAACUUUCAAACUCUGCCGGGCCUCCUGAUAAGUCUGGUCCUCUUCACAUGUCUGGUCCAAAUACAUCCGGUCCAAACAUAUCCGGUCAGCGUGUGUUAUCUGGUCCACCUGCACCUUACUUCAGCAGUAUGGGAAUGCCAAGACCGAUUAUGAGUUGUCCCAGUGGACCACCAGUGAUGAAAAAGAAUACGGCAUCAAGCCAGAGAAUGAGCAGUGUGGAUCAUUUGGAUGAUAUAUUAAGCAGUGUCCACGCUCAAGUGAAAGAGUUUGUUGAAUCCAGUGAGAAUGACAUGCUCCAGUCAGACAGUGAUGCUAUGCAGGGACUUCAUUUCCAGUCUGGUGCUAUGCAGGCGAAUCAUAAUAAGUCAACCUCUGCGCCCAGUUCCAGUUUCCAUUCAGAUAAAAAUCAACCAAAACUAAAUUCAAGUGCAAUACAACCACAAACUGCCGAUCACAUGCAUUUGAAAUUGGAGCAAAUGUCGAAAUUUGUCAGCGGAAAAAGUAAACUUGAUCCCGCGUUCAGUAUCGACGCGUUGGCUUCUAUGUUCACAAGUGACCCAUUGAAAAACAUUGAGAAUUUCCGUAAUGAAAUGUUAUCCGCAACUGGUUUGUCAGCUCAGCAGAGUCAAACAUUACCCAGUUAUCCAAAUGAGCAACGUGGAAACUCUGGUUCUCAGUUUAAGGACGAUCAUUCGCCGAAUUCGUUCAUGUCUCGUCCGAAUGUGCCGCAUCCUCACCAGAAUCAAUGUGAGGAUCCCUCGGGCCUUGUUGGAGGAGAGAACAGACAAAACAAUAUGCAGAAACAUCUUCAGAAAAACUCACAGGAUUAUCCGUGCCAACCUGAUGGUGCGAGUCUACCGUAUCCCCGAGAUGUUGAAAGGCUGCGCAGAGACAACGUUGGUGAUCUAAGGAAACCUGUAGCUGUUCUUACUCAAGAUGGCGCUGCUUUCCAAGCAAGGAGCCCCAUCGCGCACCCUAAUUCGCCAUCACCUAGAACUCCUCCACACUCCGGGAUAACACCAGUUAUGGAGAGACCAAGAUCUCGAGAACAAUCGCCUGAUUCUAGAUUUACUGCCAACAGUUUCCAGAUGGAUCAGUUUCAAAAGUUUUCCCCAUUAACUUCAAGUGUUGGUCCUCGGAUUUCUGCUGACCCACAAGGCAGAAUGCAUAGUCCAGUUACGCAGUCUAUAGGAUCAGAUUCAGGUCCCCAGCAUGACCUCAUGAACCAGUUUCAUGAUAAAAUGCCAAAUGCUGAAAACAUUGACUUUUUUGCUCAGAUGGCUCAUACGACAAGCGGGUCUUCAUUUCCGGGAUCCAUUCAACCGAAAAUCCCUGUGCCGCAUCGAGUAGCCAGCCCACUUGGUCAGAAACGGGACACAAACAUCGAGAAAAUGUUACCAUUUGCCAUGCCUAAAUUACCAGCAUCAUUACUGUCACCUCUCAUCCCAAGCAGUCCCAGUACUCCCAAACAUAACGGGCAGGGUCCGACCAGUCCAUUCACUCAAGGCCCUGAGCCACUAAGUCAGCCACAACGACGAAUGGAGUCACCCAUACCUAUGGCUCAUGCAAAGUCGCCUUCCCACGCACCACGAUCUCAGCAUAGCCCAGCUUUUGACGUGAUACCAGGCCUCCAGAGCUACUCUACUCCAUCACCGGCACAUACGCCUAAACCAGCUUGGCAAGGCCCACCUGGAAUUCCACAACCAAACAUUGGUGAGGUGCAUCCAUCAAUGCCCCGAAACCAAGGUGCAGAUUGGCCUAUGAACCUCUCUGCGGAGGCAAUGGACCGGUCCAGACCUCAUGAUCAACACUCGAGAACAGCUAGUCACCCUAACACUCCUCUCACACCUCAUGGGCGCCCUUGGCAGGAAGGUGGAGCUGAUAAACCACUCGAUCUCAGUGCUGAGCGUCCAAUGCGACACGACUCGGUCACACUUUUUAAUCCAUUUGACGAUUAUCCGUCUCCCCGGCAAGCUCCAAACAAGGUUUCUUACGAGAGAACACCGGUCCUGGAGCAAGCUCACCACCAGGAGAAGGAUUAUGCUAAUGUGCGCGACCUUCAGGCAAGAAACGAUCCAUCAGAGGAGGAAACACUUCUUCAUCACCAAGUGCGGCGGAAUGAUACAGUAUUUGUUAGGAAUCCGUUUGAUGUUGAUAUGCCAUAUCCACCCAACACGUCCUGUCCUCCCCUCAGUCCACAUUCCAAACUGAACAGGCAGGAGAAGUUUGCGCAGUGUUCGAGUCAGGAUGGGAAGGGUGAUGCGCCCAAACAGGAUCCUGAGUUUAAUCUUCAUCUUCUCUCGGAGGCUGUGGCAAUGCGGGCAGACACACCGCAACCACAUCUUAUGCAACAUGAUGGUCAGGGCCUGCCACUCAAUAAGGAACAUUUCAACCAUCCAGGCCAGUAUCAGGCCAAACAAAGCAAUAUCAACUAUUCUCAGGGGCAACAUGGUAGUAUGCCAAUGGAACAAACUUUGUACCAACAACCCAUGAGUAAUAAAUCAUCUGUGAAUUCAAAACCUGGCAGCCGCAAUACCCUGCAGAGUGACUUCUUACCAAUGCAGGAGCCUGAUGGUUGUCAGCGCGAUGUUCCUCUCGCAGAACCACCAAAACCGCCGCCAGAUCGUGAAUAUAUCUCGGACAAUGAAGAAGUGUUCCAUGAUAAACAGUCAGGUGGUGUGGCGAUUGCCUUGUCACAUGGAGCUGUCCUAUUCGAAGUGGCAAAGCGGGAACUCCAUGCAACCACUGCAUUGAAGAACCCUAAUCGCUACAGUCCGACAAGGAUUAGUAUUGUUUUCUACCAACAUAAAAACUUAAACAAUCGGCAGCAUGGCUGGGCUGAAUGGGAGGCUAAGAUGGAGGCCAAGAUGGAGGGUCGCCGUAAGGAGGCUGAGGAACGGAGACAGGAGUUGAUAGGUCAGGGAGAAGUCACGCCGGAUAACAAGGGUGAGAAAGGCCAGAAACGUACCAAUGAUAAGGUGGAGGACAGUGAGGAGCAAGAAAUUGAACCGUUUGUUCCACCAGUCUACCGCUACAUGUGGGAUACCAACGUGAAGCACGGGACGACGAUGACCAAUGAUACUGUGGUGACCAAGUGGAAGAAACCGCAGUGUAUCAUUUCUGGUCCGUAUCAGAAGUGGAUUUGAGGUUGAAAACUAGGUGUUGUUGAUCACAGUGGCAGUGCUAAAACUCUUUAUGAAAGCGGUGAUAGUUUUGUCACGAAACAAUAGGUGUCAUUCUGCCUUCUAAAACCUUGGUGAGUUUGCAACUUUACCUGGGUUGUUGAAACAUUUCACAGUUUACAGUAAUACAGAAAAUCUUGUGCUAAGAAAUAUGCUAGGUAAGCUAGUGAGUGCUAUUGUGACUAGAUUUUGAUAUUUUUCUCAUAUUUGGAAGUUUAUCCAGGAUGGAAUAGAAAGUGUUAAAUGUUUCUACCCUAUUGCAUGAAUUAAUGAUUCUGUGUUUGUUAUCUUGAAGCAGCAUGGAAAUAUUCAAGAAAUACUGAUAUCUCAGGGUUGAUCUGCUACAGUUAUAAUGCUAUCAUGUCCAAAUAUUGUUAAAAUACUUAUGUAUUUAAAGAUUUGAUCCUUUCACUCAAUCAGUGUUUGUUGCCAUCUACAUAGCAAAGUACUAUAACAUGGUGUAUGUUUACAGUAGAGAGAAACCUUGUGUCCACUCAUUGUGAUUCAAGGGCUGAGUAUGAGUGAAAGGUUUCAAGGGGGACUCCACUCUUACCCAUUUAGGUGGACUCCUACAUCUUGGAAGCCAACUUCAGCAAUAUGUUGCACAUAUCGGGGUAUUGAAGGCGUGAAUAUUAGUUAUGAGCUGGAAAACCUGAAGGCUUUCCAGUUCUGGUUUGUUAUGCUAUGAGCAGCAAUAGUCCGCUUUUCCAUCUUCUAGAAGACUUAUUGUUAUCAUAUUUUAUCAAAAAUACUAAUUUUUGAUUUUUAUGGAUAGCCUUUUUGGCCACCUUUGCCAUGUGAGUUAGGGCAUUGAGUUUUAUUGUUUAUGCAGUGGUCAAUUGUAACUUUGAUACUGUGGUCAAAAUCUUGAUGCUGUGAAACGCACUUCUUGAAUCCUUUACUGCUUGUGAAAGAACUAAGAAGGGUGUUUUCGGACAGUCAAUUUGGUGUUAGCAAACUAUGAAUCGUUUUGGUUUUCACUGCUGCUAAAAUUGCAAUAUUUCAAUUAGCUUUAUGAAUGAUUUAUGCAUAAAUUUCAUACAUUUUCAGAAUUUGUAAAUUUUGUGUUUUCCUAAAUUUUCACUUUUCCUUGAGAGAAUCAAGCAUAAGGUCUAAUGGAGGAAGGUAGUCCCUGUCAUGUUCAUCUCACCCCCGGUGACUGACAGUAGAACAAGUUAGAAGGGACAGCCUCCCUAAAUAACCUGACAUUUGGGAGGACUCUGACUCCAACCUAUCGGUUUCACACAGCAACCUUUGACCACUGUUGAUUUGUUUAGAUCAGUCCAUGCAACCUAUGAUUAAUUUCCAUGUUUUUUUAUCAUAUUUACAUGUGUGUGCUGUUUGUUUUCUGCAUAAAUUGUUUGAUUGAGAAAAAUGGUUGAAAUGAGGACACCACCUCGGUUAUUUGGCCAGUAAGUCGAAAGUAAUGUUAUUGCAGCCUUCUUAUUCUAAUGGCAGAUUCCGACUGAAAAACUUGAAGUAAAGCCAUGCAAAUCUUUGUAUGAUUUGUGGUAAGACAUUGGGCCCUGAAUGUAAUUGGUGUAGUCUUCUGUUGACUUCGAUGCACUAUAAAUGCACAGGGAUCUAAUAUCAACGAGUGACAUUGAGUGAGGAGGUAGUUUGGAAUUCUUCCCAUAGUUAAAGUGCAAUAGAAACCUUGUGUGGUGUCCAGUGUUCUCGAUGGCAGCCAUUUUAUCUGCUGAGUUUGAUUUGGUUUCUGUGAUGUGUUAUGAUCAGUCUGUUGACCAGUCCAUCAGCCUGUCCUCAAAUAAUCGGUAAUACAAGGUCUGGAAAAAUAUGACAGAUGAAGAUAUUUUGGUCAAAAUUUUAACUGCUGUGUCCGUGAUAGAAUUGUACUCGUGCCACAAAUGUAUGAAAUGUCAAUUUCAUAACCUCAAUGUAUUGACAUUGCUCAGCUUCCAGACAACUCACAGAGGCUAUGGGAGGUUCAGUAUGGCACUGUUGGACACGGUGUUGGACUGGUUAACGACAGCUGAUAUUAUUUUUUGUUUAACAGUUUUGUUCUUUUUCUAUUUAUUCUGCUUACAAGUUCAUGUUCGGUGAGAAAUCAACUCGUUAUCUGAAGUAGACAUGAUUGUUCAUGAUUUGCACGUGUUUUGUAGAGUGAGGAGUUGUGAAAGAAAUGAACUGUUGUGUGUUGGAUAUUUGUGACAGGGCCUGGUGUUGGUUGCACUAGAGAUGUCCUUCAUUGAUGUCACAAGAAUAGGAUGGCCGGUGCAGUGGUGACGUCUGUCAUCACCUUAAUAAUGUUGUCACUGACGCUGAUGUCACUCGAGAUUUGGACAGCUAUCAUGGUGUCAGAGGUGUGAACAUUUCUAUGGUAUCUUUACACGUGAGAAAAUAAUUUCAAAACUUAAAAACAUAAUUUGAUUGAGCUAGAGACUGUUGAGUAGAAUAGUCAAUGUGCUAUAUUAGGUUGGUAGUUAGAUGUUAGAGUGUAUCCAAGAUCUUCAAGACUAUAACUGUAUAGAAAUUAACUCGAGUGGUCAGAGGCAUGAGAGGCAUUGUAAAAAGACUCUUUCAGAUAUAACUGGAGAAAGACAUUGAAUGUUGUAUAAAAUAUGAAAGAUUAGGAUUACUUUAUAUGCUAGGCUUGUGAUUGGAUCGACCAGGCCUGAUUAGCUCGAUUGGGAAUGAAAGACACUUCUCAGGAUGUUGUUUUAACUGUGGCUGGGGUUUUGACUCUGUGGAUUCAUCCUGUCCAACCAAUCACAAACCAGGCCACCUGGUGGCAAGAUGUGUAAAUAGUCCAAUUAUGAAUUUUGAAGGAACGGAUUGAUUGUAGAUAUUGUUAGUGAUAUGUGCAUGUGAACGUCGGAUGACUGAUUGAAGAUGUAGACCUUGUUGAAGGAAGUGGUUUGUUUAUACUGAUAUCUCUCAUUGAUCUCGACUACCCAGCUUGGCAGGCCACAAAAACAUGAGAAAACUGCCUGGAACCUUAGUGCAUAUUGUGGCACUUUUAAACUCCUCACUGGAAAUGAAUGUUUUUGAUUACUGGUGAUGGAACUUUUAGCUGAUAUUACAUCUGCUUGUUUUCCAUCUUGACGAUAUUCUGACAUAGCUUUUCUCGCCCACUUGCUAUAUCUGAUCAACUUUGUAUAAUACUUUAACCUCUUACAAUGACAUGCUACUGUGUGUGCACGAAUAGACUAGUUCCUUUUUGCUUCUGAAUAAUGAAUUCAAUAUGAUAUGUAUUGGCUCUGUGGAUAUUUGAUUCUAAUUAUUGUAAAAGAUCAUCUUCAGGGAUUUUAGACUUUUGUAAUUGGGAUUGCUGGUUCGUGUGAGCUUCGACCACUGCCGUCACUAAAUAGACAUCGUACGUAUUCUAUAUGUGUGUUUUAACCUGAAAUUGUAUUUAUCGCACAUCUUUUGAUAUUUACUCAUUUAGUGUAUAUGAUUUAGGCAAAUUUUGUACAUUUUCUAUAGUGCUUUAUCAUCAGUGUUUAAGCCUACUGUGUAGGGUUGAGGAAGUUUACGAUGACAUGUGUAUUUACUAGUAUAUCUUUAGAAUUCACUGUGCAUCAUUUUAAAGUGACCAAGUGUUUUAACAGAAUAUAGCCAUUUGACCUUGUCCUGAUAGUGUUGUGACCCUUUCUUUCUAGAUAAGAUUCCUGAUAAUGCUGAGCUCUCAGAAAUGUGAAAUAUAAAGUAUCAACCUGUAUAUGCAAACAAAUCUUUAAUGUUAAAGUUUCACUCAUUGAGAAGUGAAAUUGUGAAGACUAACUUGGGCUCAGUUGCGUGCAGCAUGCAGAUUGGACAGGCCUCUCGUCUCUCAAGCAUGGUACGCAGAGGUGAUCCUUGGUAAUGUUUACAUUUCUAAAAAUAGUCCUGACAUAGAAUCAUAACCAUUCAAAUACAGAUCGUUCAUUUGAGACUCAAUGAUUUUGGCUUUAUCAACUGGAAUGUCCUCCAUAGUUGACAAGUUCGCCAGCCUUUUUUAACUUUCUCCAGUAUUCAAGUUGGUACUUAUAGCUUUUAUUAUUUGAUUCUUGCUAUGAGUGUUCUAUAUCAUAUAAAUUGGCAGAUGGUGUGUGUGACAUGUCAUGGAGGUGUAUGUGGCCAUGUCACCACGCACUGCAUGUCACAUGUACAAUAACUUAUCUUUGUACAGGCUAGUGGCUAUUGUGUAUUUGUUGACCAUAUAAAGUGUUGUCAGUUUAUGUCGUCCAGAAAAUGUAGCGUGGAUGGUUAUUGAAUAUUUAUUUAAUUUACAUA